CCUCUUUCUUCUGUGCCUCUGUUUGUUUUGCGAGAAAAAUUUAAUAGCCUCAACUCGAUGUCGUCUCAGGCGCAUCGUCUGGUGAGCUCUAAAGCGGAGCUAAAACGCCAAGAGAAGCUGAAGAAGAAAUCAAAAUCUGGAGGUUUCGAGUCAUUGAAUUUGAGUCCUGAUGUGUUCAGAGGAGUCAAACGAAAGGGCUACAAAGUCCCCACUCCAAUCCAGCGCAAGACCAUGCCCUUAAUUCUUGCCGGCGUUGAUGUCGUAGCCAUGGCUCGUACCGGUUCCGGGAAAACGGCGGCGUUUUUGGUCCCCAUGCUUCAGAGGCUAAAUCAGCACGUGCCUCAGGGUGGAGUCAGAGCUCUCAUUUUGUCUCCCACGCGUGACUUGGCUCUCCAGACCUUGAAGUUUACUAAAGAGUUGGGAAGAUAUACUGAUCUUCGUACUAGUUUAUUGGUUGGUGGUGAUAGCAUGGAAAGUCAGUUUGAAGAAUUAGCUCAGAACCCUGAUGUUAUUAUUGCAACUCCUGGUAGGCUGAUGCACCAUUUGUCUGAGGUUGAUGAUAUGUCAUUGAAAACAGUGGAGUAUGUUGUUUUUGAUGAAGCGGAUAGUCUAUUUGGCAUGGGUUUUGCUGAGCAGUUGCAUAAGAUUCUUUCCCAUCUCAGUGAGAACCGUCAAACGUUGCUUUUUAGUGCUACAUUACCAAGUGCCCUUGCUGAGUUUGCCAAGGCUGGUUUGCGAGAUCCUCAUCUUGUGCGGCUUGAUGUGGACAAUAAGAUUAGCCCAGAUCUGAAGCUUGCCUUUUUCACCCUACGGCAGGAAGAAAAACAUGCAGCAUUGCUGUAUUUGAUAAGAGAGCAAAUUGGUCCUGAGCAGCAGACAUUGAUAUUUGUUUCCACAAAACAUCAUGUGGAGUUCCUUAAUAUAUUGUUCAAGGAAGAGGGUAUAGAGCCAUCUGUAUGUUAUGGUGAUAUGGAUCAAGAUGCUCGUAAGAUUCAUAUAUCUAGGUUUAGGGCAAGGAAGACUAUGCUGUUAAUUGUGACAGAUGUUGCGGCUAGGGGUAUUGAUAUACCCCUGCUUGAUAAUGUUAUCAACUGGGAUUUUCCCCCGAAGCCUAAGAUCUUUGUCCACCGAGUAGGGCGAGCUGCUAGGGCUGGCCGGACUGGUACCGCAUUUUCCUUUGUAACAACUGAGGAUAUGCCAUACCUUCUAGACCUUCAUCUGUUUCUCUCAAAACCAAUUAGGGCUGCACCCACUGAGGAAGAGGUUUUACAGGAUAUGGAUGGUGUUAUGUCCAAGAUUGAUCAAGCAGUUGCAAAUGGGGAAACUGUCUAUGGGCGUUUUCCCCAGACAGUCAUUGAUCUUGUUUCAGAUCGUGUUAGAGAAAUCAUUGAUUCGUCUGCUGAACUGACUUCUUUGCAGAGAACUUGUUCAAAUGCUUUCCGCUUGUAUUCAAAGACAAAACCCUCACCAGCAAAGGAAUCCAUUAGAAGAGUGAAGGAUUUACCCUGCGAAGGUUUGCAUCCAAUUUUCAAAAAUGUUCUGGAAGGUGGUGAAUUAAUGGCACUGGCCUUUUCUGAACGCUUGAAAGCUUUUAGACCUAGGAAAACCAUUUUGGAAGCAGAAGGUGAAGCUUCCAGAUUAAAGCAUGUGCAGGGUUCAGCUAGUCAAUGGGUUGAUGUGAUGAAGAAGAAGAGAGCUGUUCAUGAGGAGAUAAUCAAUUUGGUACAUCAGCAGCGUUCUACUAAAAAUGUGGAGAAGGAAGUUCAAUCUGAAAUGAACUCUUUGAAGGAUUUGGAGAAAAAAGAAACUUCUGGAUAUAAAAGAAAGGCAAAGUGCUUCAAGGAUGAAGAAUUCUUUAUAAGUUCAGUGCCAACAAAUCACCAUGUGGAAGCAGGACUCUCGGUUAGAGGGGACCAAGGCUUUGGAUCAAAUAGGUUGGAAGCUGCUGUUCUAGAUCUCGUUGCAGAUGAUAGUGAAGGCUUGCAGAAACAGAAGUCAGUAUAUCAUUGGGAUAAGAGGGGUAAAAAGUACAUCAAGUUGAACAAUGGUGAACGAGUUACAGCCAGUGGAAAGGUAAAGACAGAGAGUGGUGCUAAAGUAAAAGCUACAAAAACUGGGAUAUACAAGAAGUGGAAAGAAAGGUCUCACAAGAAAGUAUCUAUUCAAGGAACAAGUAAUGAAGGAAAUUCUGAGGAAUCCACAAGCUUCUCAGGAGAUCGUCGCCUGCGAGGGGAUAAUAGAAAUUUCAGAGGAGGCAAGAAGCAGCAGCGUUCGGUACCUAAUGCUCAUGUACGUUCAGAGAUUAAAGAUCUUGAACAGGUUAGGAAGGAGAGGCAGCAGAAGGCAAACAGAAUAUCUCAUAUGAAGAACAAAGGUCAAAAGAAGGGUAAAAAAUUUGGUAAAAAUGGAAAACGAGGAAAGCCCAGGAAGUAAAACGUCGCCGUAUUUGUUUGUUUAGUGACUUGACCGUGGAGUGUUUACAGAAAAAUGAGUGGGAGGAAUCAUUAGAAAAGGACUCCCUGAAAUUUUGAUCUCACCUGAGCAUGCAUCUUUACAUCUUCUGCCGAAAGCCAUACAUGCAAUUAAAAGCUUUUCGUUUUGUAAUUUCGAGGAUGCCAAUCUUUUGUUAUCGGCUCAAGGCAGAUU